AUGAACACUCUCAACUUGUUUGUGUUGAUAUUUGCCUUAAUACUUGGCAUGCUCAUCAAUAAGGCAAAUUCAUCAUCAUUAAAAUUGAGAGCACUCCCUAAUGUUAAACUUCAAAUACAAGAGCAAAUUAACAAGAUGGGAAAUAUAUGUGUGUUGUCCAUGUCUGGUUUGGAUUGUCCUGGAAAAGCGCAAGAUAUGAAUUUUAAGACUUCAAUCAUCCGAUCUGCUUCUGGUGAAAGAUUAACAGUUGAUAAUUUACCAAUUAUUGCUGGUGUUGGUUACUCUAGAGCAGAUAAUAGCAUUAAUCUGCCUAUUCUCAAAUCUACACAAGCUACCACCGUUAGUGGAAGUCAAACAUUGACCCGUUCGAUUAAUAGUGCCACUGAUUAUUUCAACCUCUUGCAUCCAGGUGAUGGAGCUGAGAUUACAAAUACUGGAUUAUAUAGUUAUGGCCAAACAGCUACAGAUAUGAUUUUUAAAAAGUUCUUCCAAGGAAACUUGAAAGGUUACAAUAUUCAAAAACAAUUUUAUACUCAUAGAGUUGAAAUUUCUAACAUUGAACCAACUGAUGAUUUCAAGAGAAUUAUUGAUCUCUUACCUGAAAAUAUGGAUCAAGAUUUGUACAUGAUGGUCAUUAACUCAUUUGGUGAUUCAAUUGCCACAAAGAUUACAUAUGGCGGUAUUGUAGACAUGACCACAACUGUAAGAUCAUGUUAUAACGAUCCAAGCAUGGAACAAUAUUUAGAUAUUCAAUUGCAAAUGAGUAUAAAUGGUGAUACUGACACUAAAAAGUUGCCAAAUGGAUAUUUGAGAUAUCAGAGAGUUGGUUCAUUGGAUAUUAUUGGUGGUAACCCACAAUUAAGUAAUAUUAAUCAAAGAACUCAAACCUUUGCUAAAAAUCCUGUACCUGUAAAGAUGGAAAUUAUUCCAAUUUGGAGAGCAUUCCCAGCUGGCAUCAAACAAGAAAAUAUGAAAAAGGUUUACACUGACUAUGCAGCUGCCAAAAUAAGAGAUGUUAAAGCACGUGUAGCUGAAGUUGAAGCAAAAAGAAAUGAAGACAAAUUGAGAGCACUACAAUUCUAUGCUUUCAAGACUGAUCUCAGUAAUGGCCAAAUUCAAAAAUUUGCAAAUGGCAAUUCAAUCUAUGUACAAGCAGGAUCAGUUGGUUAUUUCACAGAAGAAAUGAUAACACUCGACUAUUAUUUCUGUGUUCCAAUUGGUGGCUAUCCAGAGAAAUGUAACUUGAUUAAGGCAGAUGUAUUGAAACCUACAGUACAUAGAAGUUCUGAUGGAUCUUCUUUCUAUUUUGAUUUUAUUCGUGGAAAGUGCGACAAAUCCAAUAGAUCCAAUUGUAUCUUCCCAGACAAUGAGGCAGAUAGCUGGAAGGUUGGACAAACACCAUCCUCUACUGUUAGUGAUAGUUGUACCACUGUUAAAUUUGAUACCAAAUCUAAAUAUUUCAAAUUGAGUACUGGUUCAUUAACUAUUUGUGGUGGAUGCAUGCCUAUGCCUUCUUCUGACUUCAAGAGUGUAACUUGUGGUUGUCCUUACCUUGAAUAA